AUUUCUAUUGGUGUCUUAUCUCCAACAACAUAGUCAUUUCUUCUUUAUCUAGGACAGGGAACUGGAAUCUGGCAUCUGGAAAUACGUGCCUGUCUGAAUAUCAACAAGCACGGAGGAAGGACAUUUCUUUAAUUUUAUUUAUCUUUUGUCCACAGCCCCCUCCCCCCCUCUCUCUCUCUCUCUCUCUCUCUCUCUCUCUCUGGCUGCUCUGCGCUCUCUUGUGGACUCUCUUAAGGCACUUUGGAUAAAAGCCUCCACAGAAAUGGCAGAUUGUGUGUCUCUUAUCUAUCCUUCCCUGGGCAGGUGGUGAAGUAUUUGAGGGAAACGAGCAAGUAUUUUAUUUCUGGAAGGGGGGAAAAAAGGCGCAACUGAUCUUUUCGCCCCUUCUCUCCAGUUAUUUCGGCCGCCGAGCCAAAAGUGUGGUUUCUCUUUUCUGGUUUAAUCACAGGAGCGGACUCUUUACUCCACGUAUCUUCUUCUUCUUCUCUCUCCAUCGUUCUUUCUAUUCUGUAGCUGAAAGCAAGGAUAUCCAGCUACUCACUCCUCCUCCUCGUCCACUCCUCUUGGAGGAGAACCCAAAAGAAGCAGCUUUGGGCUUCGCGCUUUACCUUCUCCCGCCGCUCCGGCGCUGCAAAAAGGAUUUCCAAAAGUCAUUUCAAGUGGACCUUUUUGUGAUUUUGGCAGAGAAGUGCAGCUCGGGAUCACAUUCAGGGGAAGAGAAGGAGGGUAAAGCACUCUGACCUGUAAGGGAUCAGAGGGAGAGCAGAGUAAAGACGGACAGAGAACAGAGGAGGAAAAGGAGGCGAGAAAUGGAGAACACGCGUGGUCUCUUAUUUCCAAAAAUGUAUUUUCGGAUGGAUUAGGACAAAAAGAGCAGAAAAGAGGAGAGACCUUGAUCUGAAACCUUACAUUUUCUAUUAUCAACUUCUGUCUGGAUAUGGACUGCUUGCUUUUAUGGAUCAGCUGCUUAUGUGACUGACUGUCGGGCGUUAUCACCCGGCAAACUUGGACUUGUGGGGGAUUUAAGACGUGAAAAGUGAACCCUGCACUGCAGCUGCUCUCUUUUGGCAUGACAUGAUGCUUCUGCAACAGCACCUCUGGAUUGAUUAAUUGAUUGAUAAAUAUACCUGCAAAGUGGGACUCUAUUGAUUGAUUAUCUCAUUAAAAUAAUUUUCUGCCCAUUUCCCCAGUUUAACGUUUAAAACAAAGACGUAUCCUGAAGUAAACCUUACAAUAAAUCAUAUAUAUGUACUAGCAACUAUUUCAGUCCCUUUAGGAAUAUUACAUGAGCGUUAAAUAUAUCAUAAAAGUCAAAAUAUGAGUACUGCCGCUACAUUAAAGCCCCUCUAGGAAUUUUACAGGGUGCCACAAGGGCAGAAAGCACCAUAAAGUACUAUAAUAAUGACCAUAAACUCAUAAUUGCCACUGUAAAAUUAUUACAAGUGCUUCGCGGGAUUCCAGUUUGGAGAUUGGAAGUUAUUUUUGGCUGCGCAAAGUAGAGCGACUCUUCCACACCACUGCCCGGACAGAGACAGAGACAGAGAGACACAGAGGUCUACCUACUUGCCUCUGUCUUACAUCCCGUCCUGAAAGAAAAGAGUGGGAUAGACAGAGGGCGGAGGGGAGAAAAGAGAGAGAGAGAGGAGAGAGAAGGAGAGGAAGCGUAACUGCGGUUAAUUGGAGCAGACUUGGCAGAGAAGAGGAAAGGGUUUUUUUAUUCUUCUUGCAGCUAGCAAGACUUUCCUGUUAAAGGCUGUAAAUCUCUCCCUCUUUUUUUGGCAGAGAGGAGGAGAAGAAACGACCUCAUCUAUCCUUUCAUUUAGGCUAUCUAUCUUUUCGUCCUGUCAGUUUGGAGAGCUGAGAAAUUGGCAGCGCCGAACGGAGAAGACAAACCUAGGAGAGAGGUGGGAUUAUUUCAGCAAAAUUUGACAUUUUCUUCUGGUCGAGAUUCUGUCACCAGCGUCGCUUGGAUUCAGGAUUAGUUACUCCAAAACACCAGGUGCCAGUGGAGAAUAGAGAGAUGAAGACUUUAUCCCUCCUCUUCCUCCUCCUCCUCCUCCUCGCCUCAGGAGCCUGUGACGGCGUCAAGUACAUCUCCAAGAGGAACUCAGUGGAUGGAUGCAUCGACUGGUCGGUGGAUCUGAAGGAGUACCAUGUUCUGGCCGGUGAACCUGUCCGGGUGAAAUGUGCCUUGUUCUACAGCUACAUUCGAACCAACUACACCAUGGCCACCAACGCCAAGCUGCGCCUCAUCUGGUACAAGAACAAAGGAGAUGCAGAGGAGCCUAUCAUCUUCUCAGGUCACAGGCUGAGUAAAGAAGAUGACUCCAUCUGGUUCAGAUCUGCUGAAAUGGAAGACAAUGGAUUCUACACCUGUGUACUAAGGAACUCGACAUACUGCAUGAAAGUGUCCAUGUCAAUGACUGUGGAGGAGAGUGAUGAGGGAAAAUGCUUCAGCAGCAAAAUCCGCCAUCUGGAGAAAGCUGAGAUAACCCAACGCAAAAUGAUCACCUGUCCCGAUAUAGAAGACUAUUUGGCUCCAUACAAGCAACCACAGAUGACCUGGUAUAAGGAGUGUGAGCGGGUUGAAUGGAGAAGCUCCAUCACAGUUAACACUACACACGUCUGGAUUCCUGAGGUGGAGGAGGGCGACGGGGGAAAUUACACCUGUGAGUUACAAUAUGGAUCCAGACUGGUGCGGCGGACCACACAACUUAAAGUGACAGCUCUCCAGACCACUCAGCCUCCCAAGGUCCUUUUUCCCUCAGAGAGACAAGACACAGUGAUAGAGAUCACACCUGGUAUGCCUCUCAGUCUAGACUGCAAGGCAUUUUUUGGCUACAGUGGAGAAAACAGAAGGCCCAUUAUCUACUGGAUGAAAGGAGAAAAAUUUGUCGAAGAACUAGCGGGACACAUUAAAGAGAGUGAAGUCAGGAUUUUGAGGGAGCAUUUAGGGGAGAAGGAGGUUCAGCUAUCCUUAACGUUUGAUGCUGUGGAGGAGGCAGACCUGGCCAACUACACCUGUUAUGUGGAGAACCACAUAGGGAAGCGCAGCGGGAGUGCUAUACUGCAGAAGAAAGAUAUGUAUCGUCUGGAGUUGGCUGGUGGUCUGGGGGUCAUAUUGCUGCUGCUGGGAGUCCUGACAGCACUUUAUAAGUGUUACAACCUGGAGAUCAUGCUCUGCUACAGGAGACACUUUGGGAGUGAUGAAACUGAAGAUGAUAAUAAGGAGUAUGAUGCCUAUCUGUCCUAUACUAAAGUGGACCUAGACUCUUUGGGCAGCAGGACGAGCAGCGAUGAGGAAACAUUUGCUUUGGAGAUCCUGCCGGACGUUUUAGAGAAACAUUAUGGAUACAAGCUGUUUAUACCAGACAGAGAUCUAAUACCCAGCAGUACCUACAUUGAGGACUUGGCUCGUAGCGUGGAACAGAGCAGACGCUUGAUCAUCGUUUUGACUCCAGAGUUUGUCGCCAAAAGAGGGUGGAGCAUCUUCCAGAUAGAGACACGCCUCCACUCCAUGCUGGUUACUGGGGAGAUCAAGGUGAUCAUGAUAGAAUGUGCAGACCUGAAGAAUGUCAUCAACUACCAAGAGGUGGAAGCACUUAAGCAUACAAUCAAGGUCUUAUCCAUCAUCAAGUGGAGGGGUCCUAAGAGCAAUGAGCUGUCAUCUAAGUUUUGGAAACAGGUGGUCUACGAGAUGCCUGCUAAACGCAGAGAGAUGCUGUCCAGGCGCCAGGUGAUGGACUCCGGUGAACAGGGCCUCUUUGGUGACCUACAGACCACUGUCUCCACCAUUGCCAUGACAACAACCUCCGCCUCCUUGGGGCCCCCGAAUGAGAGUCGACAUGGACAUCAUCAGGUUGCCUUGGCGACAGAGAUCCCCGACUACAACCAGAUGACCUUGCCGCUGGGAGGCAGUCACACUGCUACAGCAGCCCAAAUGAGGCAUUUCUGUCGCAGCUACGAGUUCCAGCUUCCCCCACAGCCUUCCUCCCUGUCGCCUCCGCUCCCACCUCCCUCCACCGUGCAGUUUUCCACUCUGGGUCCUGGGGGGCGCCACGUCUAUUGCAAUAUCCCUAUGACACUGCUGAAUGGACAGGUGCCUCAGAGCAGUACGCUUGGGAAGAAGCCAGAACUCCACCUGAACAGCACCUUCGUACCGCUCACCAGCAGAGAACUAAGCUCUGACAUCUGGUAGACGGACUGCUCAACUGGUACUGGAUUACAGACCGGUUUACAGACUGCUUUUACACUGGCUUUGGACAUGGGGUAGAAUGGUUGGUCGACUGAUUCUGAUUGGGUUUUUGGACUGUGUACAGCCUUGGUUUUCAUGAGGGACUGCUGACGGACUUCUUGCAGACUAGUUUUGGGCCACGUCACCCCAUGCUGUGAACAAAGGACUGCUUAAAGACUGUAUAAGCCUUGGAUUCACAGUGGUUAGGUAUACUGGUCGCAGACUGCUUACAGACGUAUUGAUUCACAUUAUAAAACUGAUUGUACGCUGGUUUUGGACCCACUAACUGGUUACAGACUGAUACAGACUGAUAUGUAAGCUGACCAUUGGAAAGGAGCACUAUUAUACAUCAUGACUGGUCAUACGCAUUUGACUGGUGCAGAGAGUUUGUAGACAGGUAUGGACAUGUGGAUGUAAUGAACUGGAAAAGUCAAUGAAAAGCUCCAGGAUACUUAGACAAUGAGUAGGUAUCCACAGACAGGAGUACUCCAUUUGUCGAACAACCUACCAAGUUGGACCUCAGAGCACAAAAAAAAGCCAGUAUCUUGUAAUCGCAGUCUGCGUGCACACCAGCUGUGUACCCGGAAAACCAGUUGAUUUGUCAGCUGCUUAACUACUCGGAAAUUUCAGUCGACUGAAAAACAAAAGUAGCGUAAUCUUGGAUAGUCAGUCGAUCUUCUACCUAGCUGAGUUCUCAGCAUAUCGAUCUACCUGUUGACUAGGUGGCUUGUCAGUAAACAAGGCAGACUUCAAGCAAUGAUUUUGGAAUACCAGUCCACCUUAAAACAACAAGUCAACCUCUUGAAAUACAAUUCCUGGUUUGGUUCUCAGAAGCUAAAAUGGUUGACUUAAAAGAAAUGGAUUCCAGCAAGAACAUCAAGAUAUGAAGUGAUGCGCAAAGCAAUUACUGAGAAAGCACAGUUAGCUGAUGUAUAUGGAAACAUAGCUUGUUGUUAAAACUAGCUGACUAAAAGGCUAGUAACUUCCUGAGCUAGGAGGAUGCUAAAAGGCACCAUGAGACUGCAAACCAGCCAGCUCAUCACCUUGUGACCCAGUAAUCAGCAACUAGUCAACUCAUCAAGAGGUGAACUGGCCAAGAGGUCACAACCAACUUUUACCACCAAGCUAAAAGCAUAAAGGACUUGGCUUUUUCUAUUUGCAUGACCACCCAUUUAGUUAAAAAAGAAUAAUCAAAUAAACAUAGAUAAAAGAGUAAAUGACACAAUCAUUUCUCGCAGUCUCUUUUAAUAUGGAGGAGAAUAAACGUCUUAUGUUGAUACAGUAUAUUUGUUUUCUGUCCGGCCAUGAAGUAAUGAUAAAAACUGACAAAGGGAAAAAAGGAGGUGUCCCUCCAAAAACAUUUUUAUUAUUUAUUUAUUUUCUUCUGCUUUAUUUAAGAGAUUUAUCCUUCUAGAAGGUUGGUGAGAGUUUUUUGCCAGGUUUUGUUUUUAAUGUUUGUUUGUGACAAUAAUCUCUGUACAGCUUUCAUAACUUAUGAAUAGGCCUAUACAUGACAGUGAUUUCUUCCCUACAAUUUCUGUUAACACCCACAUUAAGUGUGUGAGAUCGAGAGCCCUCUUUUCAUCAGUGGAUGGAUGGAUGGAGGGAUGGAUGCUCAUGGCAGUACAACCCUGUAACGGACUGAUGUUUUGAACCUGUUACUCUGGAAAAGAGACCACUACCAGUCAGCCAAAGGGGGCUUCACUGCAUACAAAGCUAGACUCCAAGCUGAACCAGACACUCUUCUUUGUGAGCUUUAAGAAACCAAGAUUAUUACCAUAAUAUUUAAGCAAAGUGAAUAAUGUUUUGAAUUUACACAUUAUUUGAGUUGUUAUAUUCGAUGGCAAUAUGCAGUAUAGUGGUUGUCUUUUGAUUUCUGCUCAUUUCAUUUGACUAUUCUUUGGAUAUAUUGGUUGAAAUAAUUUAACUGAGCAAAUAAAAAUGAUAUGAGUUGUUUUAUACAUUUUGGA